CAAUCGAUUCAUUCAAGAAUGAUGAACAAGAAUUUUAGUUAAUCAACUUUAAUCAAAUUGAAAUUUUUUUUGGUUCAUUUUCAUCCAAUGUGAUUGGUGGAUGUUAGUAAAAGUGGGCGUUUUUGUGGGUGUGUGUUUCGUGCCUGAUUGGUUAAAAUUAUCGAUUUUUUUUUGAAAAUCAAUGAUCAUAAUGAAUAAUGAAUAAAACAAUCGAUAAUAUCGAUAUUGAUGAUUUGAAUAAUGAUUUGAAUGAUGAUUAUGAAUUAUUAAAUAUAACUGAACAUCUUUACCAACAUCUUGGUCCACAACAAGCAUUACCAUUAAUAUGGCUUAUUAUAAUGACUAUUGUUUAUAUUAUUAUUCUAAUAUCAGGCCUGAUUGGAAAUAUAAUAACAAUAUUAGUUAUAUUUCGUUUUCGUUAUAUGCAAACAAUAACAAAUCUUUAUCUUUGUAAUUUAGCUAUUACUGAUCUUAUUUCAUUAAUGUUUAGUUUACCAUUAGAAUUAUAUACAUUAUGGCAUCAAUAUCCAUGGCAAUUGGGUAGUGUUAUGUGUUCAUUGAAAACAUUAAUAUUGGAAGGUACGGCCAAUGCAUCCGUAUUAACACUGGUGGCAUUUACAGUGGAAAGAUUUUUAGCCAUUUGUGGUUCAUCAAAACAUCAAACAUUACAACCAACAACACAAACAUUAUUCAAUUUUAAAUCCAUAUUACAUAUAAAACGUUUAGUUUAUCGUAAUAUUCUUUUAAUAUGGUUAAUAUCAAUAUCAGGUGCUAUACCAUUAGUACUGUUGACACGUGUUAAUUAUUUAGAAACAACAAAUCAUCAAAAACAAAAAUUAAUCAAACAAAGUGCCUGGUGUGGUUUAGCUUAUAACGUACCGGAUAAACGUUGGGAAUUAAUAAUGUUAUCAUCGACAAUCAUAUUCUUCCUAAUUCCAUUAUUAAUAAUUUCUUGUCUUUAUUAUAAAAUUGCAAAAAAAUUAAAAAAAACAAUAAAAUUAGAUUAUAAUUUUAAUUUACAACAAUCAUCAUUAUCAAAUGAUUAUUAUGGACAACAACAACAACAACAAUUAAAUGAUCAUUUACAAUCAAGAAAAAUAAUACAAUCAAGACGUAUUGUUAUUCGUAUGUUAGUGGUCAUUGUAAUUGUAUUUACAUUUUGUUGGUCACCAUUUCAUGCACAACGUUUAUUAUUUUUAUAUGUAACAUUAUAUUCAAGUUGGAAUAUGUUUCUGAGACAAAUUAAUGGUAUUUUAUUUUUAUCUGCUGGAUGUCUUUACUAUCUGAAUAGUUCAUUAAAUCCAUUGAUCUACUCGCUGUUAUCAACAAGAUUUCGUGCUGCAUUCAUGCUUUAUGUACAACAAAGCUGUUUUGGUCGUCAUAGUUUUAAUUCAAGUGGACAUAGUAAUAGUGGUGGAGGCGGCGGUGUUAAUGGUGGAUGUCAAUCAGGACAACAACAUCAAUGUCAUCAACAUCAUCCACAACAACAACAACAACCACGUACGAAUCGUAAAUGUUUAUCACAUCAAUUAUCGAUCGGUAGCCGACAAAUUGGUGCUGAUAAUGGUGGUGGCGCUGGUGGCGGUAACAAUAAUUCAAUCAAUUCAUCAAUCAUAUUGGUUAAUGAUGUACCAGCAGCAGUAGAUGGUGGAAAUAAUGAUAAUAAUACAAUGUGCCUUACAAAUAAACAUCCAGAUACUAUACAGAAAAAAAUACCAUCGAUAGUAAUGACAGAUAUAUCGAUGAUGAACAAUCGAAAUAAUUAUAACCACCAUCACCAAAAACAUCGAAAUAAUGAAUUACGUUUUGGUCGUACAGUGGUGGUGCCGGCACCUAGUGCUUGUUUUUUUUGUUUUUGUUUCAGUUUUUUCAUACGAGAAUUUGGACAUGAUAAAUUUGUAGGAUCAAAAUCCUCUACGGCAAUAAUAUUACCACCACCAGCAACACCAACACCAACACCCAUACCAUUACAAUCAUCACCAUAA